GCGUCACUUCCGGUGGCCGGGCACCGAUUCCGGAAGGGGCUUCCUAGUGGCGGCGACGGCGGCGGCGGGUUCUCCGCCGUGACUAGUGUUUCUCCGCCGCCUGAGGGGUGGAAUACACGGCGUCGUCAUGGUUGAGGAGGUACAGAAACAUUCUGUACACACACUUGUGUUCAGGUCAUUGAAAAGGACUCAUGAUAUGUUUGUAGCUGAUAAUGGAAAACCUGUGCCUUUGGAUGAAGAGAGUCACAAACGAAAAAUGGCAAUCAAGCUUCAUAAUGAGUAUGGUCCUGUGUUGCAUAUGCCUACUUCAAAAGAAAAUCUUAAAGAGAAGGGCCCUCAGAGUGCACCGGAUUCAUAUGGUCAAAAACAGUAUCCUGCCAGUCAAGGACAAGAAGUUGAAUAUGUAGUUACAGGAACGCAUCCAUAUCCACCAGGACCUGGGGUGGCUUUGACAGCUGAUACUAAAGUCCAAAGAAUCCCAAGUGAAUCCGCUGCACAGUCCUUAGCAGUGGCAUUACCUUCUCCUCAGGCCAGGAGUGAUAUAAAUCGUACUGCACCUGGUGGAAAUGAAUACCGAGGGGCUUCUGAACGCUCACAGCCUACAGGGAUGAAUUCGAUGGUUGUGGAGACUGUCAGUACCAAGAACUCUGCACUGAUGGCUAAAAAAGCCCCUACGAUGCCAAAACCCCAGUGGCACCCACCAUGGAAACUCUACAGGGUCAUCAGUGGGCAUCUUGGCUGGGUGCGAUGUAUUGCCGUGGAACCAGGAAAUCAGUGGUUCGUUACUGGAUCUGCUGACAGAACUAUAAAGAUCUGGGACUUGGCCAGUGGUAAGUUAAAACUGUCACUAACUGGGCAUAUCAGCACGGUGCGGGGCGUGAUAGUGAGCACCAGGAGCCCAUACCUGUUCUCCUGUGGAGAAGACAAACAAGUAAAAUGCUGGGACCUUGAGUAUAAUAAGGUUAUAAGGCACUAUCAUGGACAUCUAAGUGCAGUAUAUGGUUUGGAUUUGCAUCCAACAAUUGAUGUGCUGGUCACCUGUAGUCGAGAUUCAACUGCACGGAUUUGGGAUGUGAGAACUAAAGCCAGUGUACACACAUUGUCUGGACAUACAAAUGCAGUUGCUACAGUGAGGUGUCAAGCUGCGGAACCGCAAAUUAUUACUGGAAGCCACGACACUACAAUACGAUUAUGGGAUCUGGUGGCUGGAAAAACAAGAGUGACACUAACAAAUCAUAAAAAGUCAGUCAGGGCUGUGGUUUUACAUCCCCGACAUUACACAUUUGCAUCUGGUUCUCCUGAUAACAUAAAGCAAUGGAAAUUCCCUGAUGGAAGUUUCAUUCAGAAUCUUUCUGGUCAUAAUGCUAUCAUUAAUACAUUGACAGUAAAUUCCGAUGGAGUACUUGUAUCUGGAGCUGACAAUGGCACCAUGCAUCUUUGGGAUUGGAGAACUGGCUACAAUUUUCAGAGAGUUCAUGCAGCUGUGCAGCCUGGGUCUUUGGACAGUGAAUCAGGAAUAUUUGCUUGUGCUUUUGACCAGUCUGAAAGUCGACUACUAACAGCUGAAGCAGAUAAAACCAUCAAAGUGUAUAGAGAAGAUGAUACCGCAACAGAAGAAACUCAUCCAGUCAGCUGGAAACCAGAAAUUAUCAAGAGAAAGAGAUUUUAAUGUGGCACUGUCUCUGUGGUGGUUCUUUUUUUUUUUUUUUUUUUGUAAUUUUUUUUGGUGGAACCAAGUCAUUUUAUGCUCUGACUGGGAAUAUAAAGGAGAAACUCACUUCUAAAACUAUUGCUGCUUCAUAUUUUACAGUAAACUGUCCCGUGUGUCCCUCCCCAAUCCUAUGUUUUUUUAUUUCUAAAAUAAACAAUUUGUGACCUAGAAAGUAAGAUGCAAAUGUCAAGUGUAUGCAGGUUUAUUGAACAGAACUAUUCUAAAGACAGUAUUUUGACAGUUUUAUUAGAAAAUUCCCCUUUAAAAAUACACAAAACUAUUAUUAGGACAUGUUUUGAGGGGAACAGGUGUUUUUAUCAUUCUUUAAAAACAUAUCUGUGACUGAUAAUUUGGGAUUAAAAAACUUGAAGGAUUAAUUUAACUUACAUAUGUUUAUUCCAGAAAGAGUUCUUGAGUGCAUGUUGGGUGAAGUCCUGCACUAGAGACUGUUCAGGAAGAGAAGUAAGAUGUGUGUCUGUCCACGACUUCUAGUUAAGGUAGCUUAUUAUAGAAACACUGUCAGAGGGGAGCAGGUGUGAUGCUGGGAGGCACAAAGGGAAAGACCGUUGUUUCUGGGGAGGGUUGUGGAAGAUUUCGUCGGGAAAAGACAUUUGAGAAGUCCCUGGGAAGUCAGAGGGUAGAGAAGGAAGAGGGUUGUUUGUUUUGUUUUUGUCAUGCUGAGAACCAAACCAGGUCUCCUGCAUGCUGGGUAAAGGUUCUGAGCUACACCUCUGACCCAGGAAAAGAGUAUUCUGAGAUGAAGCAUAAAGUGGUCGAAACUGGACAUGAAGGAUGGGAGUGUUGUGUUCUAGAGUAGUAGGGAGCGAAGCUGGCUUGUGCUGGGGAAAGUUCAUAUUCCGAGUUUGGAUUUUAUCUCACAAGCAGUAGGAUACCAAUACUGAUACAGAAACUUGGGAGAGAAUAACUCUGGAGGUAACAUCAGAGCUAUUUAAAGCUGUAGCAAGUGCCACAAUCUUAGGCUGAUUUUAUUAAAAAAGAAAAAAGGUUCCUAAUUCCUAUGCUGCCUGAUAAAUGAGAAUUUUAUAAAUCCUGCCUUUGGGAUCCAGAAUCCCCAUGAGUCAAGAGGUAUCAAACUUCACCUGUAAUCAACACAAUUAUAAGAAAAAUCAAUUUUUAAAAAUUCCCUAGUUAAAUUGCAGCAUGCUUUUGAACAAACCAUUCAAAUUACACGUAUCCCAUCCUUCAUGUACUAUGUGGGAGUAUAAUUGUUACAAUUUUCAGGAAUAUAGUUUUCCAGGAUUUGUUGAAAAUUCUAGAAUACUUAGGUCUACUAAAUAGGAAUGAUGAGAUAAGUGUACACAAGCAAGAGGAUUUUUGCUCCUUAAUAAUGCUGACCUAAGUGUUCUGUCAAUAAAAGACUAGUUUAAUA